CAUUUGAGGAGUGGAAAACCACAACUUGCUCCUGCAACCCUGUCGGCUCAUUACUCUUCUAGCCUGUUAAAGCUGGGCAGAGUUGUUUGAAGCAGUGGAGCCAGUUUCUUAGCUUGUAUCUAGAAUGUUCGCUGUGGGAAGUAGUUGAGUCUUUCUUUAGUAGGAAGGCAAAGACAAGAUCCCAACACAACGCAGCCUGGAGUGCACCAAAAACUAAGACGAAGAGUGCCUAGUUCCCAUCAAGUUGUCAACAGCAGCUGCCUGUGAGGAUCCCACAACCCGUGUCCUGGGAGCUGCCAGUGGGUGGAUCACCUGCAUGAUGUCCAGCCAGGAUCUGAGCAUCACCGCAAAACUCAUCAACGGUGGUGUGGCAGGGCUCACGGGGGUAACCUGUGUGUUUCCCAUCGACCUUGCCAAGACUCGACUGCAGAACCAGCCGGGGAAAGAUGUGUACAAAGGAAUGACAGAUUGCCUGGUGAAGACGGCACGCGCAGAGGGCUUCUUGGGCAUGUACCGAGGGGCUGCUGUAAACCUCACCUUGGUCACCCCAGAGAAGGCCAUCAAGCUGGCAGCCAAUGACUUCUUCCGGCAGCUGCUCAUGGAAGACGGGACACAGCAGAACCUGAAAAUGGAGAUGCUGGCCGGGUGUGGAGCUGGCAUAUGCCAGGUGGUGGUUACCUGUCCCAUGGAAAUGCUGAAGAUUCAGCUGCAGGAUGCUGGCCGCUUGGCUGUCUGUCAUCAGGGCUCCACCGCAGCCCUUCCCACCUCCAGGUCCUACAGCAUGGGCUCAACUCAUGGACGACCAUCAGCAAUCGUCAUUGCCCGGGAGCUGCUCCAGACUCAGGGCCUAUCGGGUCUCUACAGGGGCCUGGGUGCCACUGUCCUCAGAGACAUCCCCUUCUCCGUCAUGUACUUUCCCUUGUUUGCCCACCUGAACCAGCUGGGGGUGAGCCAGCGCACUGGCAAGGCCACUUUCAUGCAUUCCUUCCUGGCGGGCUGCACUGCAGGCUCUGUGGCUGCUGUGGCUGUUACCCCUCUGGACGUUCUGAAAACUCGAAUCCAAACCCUCAAGAAAGGCCUGGGUGAGGACACCUACAGUGGAGUCACCGACUGUGCCAGGAAGCUCUGGACUCAGGAGGGACCAGCUGCCUUCAUGAAGGGAGCGGGCUGCCGGGCUCUUGUCAUAGCGCCCCUCUUUGGGAUUGCCCAGGGUGUCUACUUCAUUGGUAUCGGAGAGCGCAUCUUAAAGUACUUUGAGUAAUGGAACGUGUCUCUGACCUGCCACCUGGUCCUUUUUGACUAGGUGGUAGAGCUGAAGAGUAAGAUGCCACCCUGUCCUAUGCAGCCUCUAGCCUGUAGUGUUACUUCAGUCUCAGGAGAAAGGACCCUAUUUUGCUCAUUUCUCCUCUUAUGAAACCUACGUUUCUUCUGAGGUACAGCUUACCAAGGACUGUCAGAAGCCCCUAACCACCUAUGCUUACGAUAGGAGUGGUUUGGAUUGUAUUGCUGCAGACCUCUGUGCACAGUAAGCAAUGAGGGCUGUUUCUACAUUUUAACAUUUCCAUUUCAGUCAAACCUGAUACAGUUGAGUCAGCAUGAGGAUUCAGUUAGUCCUACACUGAUGCUGAGGGAAAGAUCAGAAGUACACCUGGACUGAGUGCUCGAGGCAUCCUUGUGUGCAUCACCCAUGGUCAAAUGAACCCAAACAAACAGCCUGGCUGCCUCAGGGCCACUGUCCUGGCCUAGCUGCCCACCCUGGAGCUCAGACCCGUUCUAAUGAAUGCUUGUGAGACAUGAUCUGAAAUAAAGCUGAAUGGUUAAAUCCUU